GGGUGCCUAAAGCAGCCUUGGGCAGGCAGGGAAUGCUUGCUGAAGGAGGCUGACAUCUUAAGAGAUUUUGGAAGAAAAUGUUUGAAAGGAAGAAAAACCACUUUCUCAACAAAUGCAUUAUUCCAUUUAGGUGCUUAAAUUCUAGGUUGUAAGGUUGUCAAUAUUCUUGACAUGGGUUCACUGGUUCUGAAAUCCUCAUGGAUCUCAAGAUUUCUAUUUACCUUUGCAGCUCAAGGGGCCAACGGCACUCUGGGGAACACAGCCCUAGAUACAAGCCUGCUGGAGGAGUUCUUGGGCAAUGACUUCGAUUUGGGGGCCUUGCAACGUCAGCUACCAGAUACCCCACCCUAUUCUGCAUCAGACCCAUGCUCUCCUCCACAGGUCAAAGGUACAUGCUGCCGACCUCUGAGACCUACAGCUGGGAAGACUCCAGCUCCCUUUCUCCACUCUGCAGCUGCUCCUGGGACGGUGCCUUCACAGCUGCCCCAGAGUACACCUGAAAUGAGCAACUCCGGCCAUACCCGUGGCGGCUUUCCCAACUGCUACCCAAACAUCAAUCACCCUGUGGCUGCCCUGGACCAAUCUGUGUCCUCCCAUCUGGGGAUACCUUGUUCUCACCAUCAGCAGCCUCUGUGCCACAGCCCUGGAGCUGCAUUGCCAUCCACCAAGAAGAGAAAGCACACAGAGUUGCCGGAAGACUUUGGGGACUGCCACGUGUGGGCACCCCACUCCAAACCAAUGACAAGUAGGAGUUAUGGCAGUGAAGUACAGGACCAGGACAGUGAGGGUCAGUGUGUGAUGCCUGCGGACCACUGCUCUCCUGCUCUCAAGUGGCAGCCUUACCAAAGCGCUCCCUGGCACAGCUUGUUAAACAGUCAUUAUGAAAAACUCCCUGAUGUAGGCUAUCGAGUUGUCACAGACAAAGGAUUUAAUUUUUCACCAGCAGAUGAAGCUUUUGUUUGCCAAAAGAAGAACCAUUUUCAGAUAACCAUCCAUAUCCAGGUUUGGGGAAGUCCAAAAUUUGUCAAAACCCAAAUGGACCUGAAGCCAAUAGAAACAUUUUACUUGAAAGCUUUUGGAGUUAAGGUAGAAGCCACCAAUCAAAUAAUUGCUAUUGAACAGUCCCAAGCAGACAGAAGCAAAAGGAUUUUCAAUCCUGUUAAAGUUGACCUUCUGGCCGACCAGGUCACCAAAGUUACGCUUGGAAGAUUACACUUCAGCGAAACCACAGCAAAUAACAUGAGAAAGAAGGGAAAACCAAAUCCUGAUCAGAGAUAUUUCAUGUUGGUUGUUGGACUCUAUGCUGCUAACCAAGACCAGGUCUAUCUGUUGGCUGCCCACAUCUCCGAAAGGAUCAUUGUAAGGGCCUCUAACCCUGGGCAGUUUGAAAAUGACAGUGAUGCCUUAUGGCAGCGAGGACAAGUUCCGGAAUCUGUUGUCUGUCAUGGUCGAGUAGGAAUAAACACAGAUGCACCAGACGAAGCCCUGGUUGUCUGUGGCAACAUGAAGGUGAUGGGGACAAUCCUGCAUCCCUCUGACAACCGGGCGAAGCAGAAUAUCCAGGAGGUUGACACAAAUGAACAACUGAGAAGGAUAGCCCAAAUGAGGAUUGUUGAAUAUGACUACAAACCUGAAUUUGCAUCUGCAAUGGGAAUAAACACUGCCCAUCAAACAGGAAUAAUUGCCCAGGAGGUGCAAGAAAUCCUGCCCAGAGCUGUGAGAGAGGUGGGUGAGGUCACCUGUGAAAAUGGAGAGAAGCUGGAGAACUUCCUCAUGGUGGAUAAGGACCAGAUCUUUAUGGAAAAUGUGGGUGCAGUGAAGCAGCUCUGCAAACUAACCAACAACCUUGAAGAAAGAAUAGAAGAGUUGGAAAUAUGGAACAGAAAGCUGGCCAGGCUAAAACGGCUCAGCAGUUUGAAGUCCUCGGUUAGUGAAGCAAGCUCAAUCAGUAAAUUUAGCAGAGCUGUUAGUGCAUCUUCUUCAAGAAGGAACAUUCCUAAAAAAUCCAAGGUUUAUUUUUCAGGAAAAAAACAGUCGUGCCCUAACUGGGUUUUCCAGACCUUGGUUAUAACUCUAAUUGCUGUGAUGGCAUUUUGUGCCUUGACAAUAGUAUCCCUUUACAUACUCAGCUUGAAAGAUCAAGACCGACAUGCCCCAAGUCUCCCUUCAAGCAAUAUCACAGCCUCUCAGGAACCAGAUCCGACUCCCACAGCCUCCCCCUCCGCUACUGAUACAUCCCUGGCAACCACACAGUCCUCCCUCCAAGUACCUGAAAUCACUUUCUGUGAGAUCCUGCCAUGUCAGGAGACUUACUGCUGCCCCAUGUGGGGAAUCACAAGAAUCAUUUCAACUCGUGUACAAAGACAAUCCGAGGAGGAGGAGAAGGAAAUCCAUCAGAGGCAGUGGGCAGAAGGUAUAAGCAAAGCGUUGCCGGCAAGAGAUGCGCUAACCAGCCCUGACUGGGGGAGUGACUGGAUUGAUACAACCAUCAGUUCUAUUCAGAUUAUGGAAAUCCAGCAAAAAAUAGAUCGUCGGUAUUGCAGUAGAAACCAAUGUGGAACUGGAAAUUACAAUUACAAUAUUCCUGUUAAUAAGUAUACACCCAACAAUGUAAAAUUCUCUCUGGAAAUCAAUACAACAGAGCCAUUGAUAGUCUUCCAGUGCGAAUUCACCCUUGGAAAUAUAUGUUUCCAUAGUAAAAGGGAAGCUGAAGGAACCCAAAGCCAAGAAGUCUCCCAGGAGAUGACACAGGGAUAUCAGCACAUUUGGAGUCUCCCUGUAGCCAUAUUCUCUGAAAGUGCAUACCACUUCCGUGUAGCUGCACCGGGCUUAGCAGACUGUUCAACGGAUCCUUAUUUUGCUGGGAUAUUCUUUACAGAUUACUCCUUUUACUUUUAUCGACGCUGUACCUAAUUUAUUCAUGUUUGGUUGGGAACUCUGAGUAUUGGGAAAAAUACUCAGAAAUACUGUUAACAGAAAUGUAUAUCCUUUUGCAACUUCUUUCUUGUAAAAUAUUCAGUUAGUGCUGAAGGACUUUUUCAGGCUUUGGCUUCCAACAGUUUUGAGUCAUUAAUGAGGAAAGUAAGUGUUUGCUGGAACUUGAGAAAAUGUGAUGUUUGAUUUUGCCAUGGCUAUGAAGAAAACAUUUCCUGGAGGAAACAGUACUGUUGGAUUUGAAGAUACUGCUUCUCGUAUUAAGGAAGCUAGGAGGUCAAAAUAGGCAGCUCCAACUUUACUUUGUCUUGAUGUAUUUAAAAACUUUUGGGAAAAAUAAAGAGGCCAUUUCAGCUGUGUCAACUUGGAUCCACUAAACAUUGACUUUGUUGAGCAUAUGUGAUGUGGUGCAUGUGUUUGGGGGGA